AGUGGGGAAAGACAAUCGGAGAAAAUGUCGGGUUUCCCAUUCUCUUCUUCUUCCUCUACUCAAUCCUCGUCAUCCCCUCCUCCGGCCCUAGCUUAGGACUAUCCAUCUCCUCCUCAUCUUCAGCCACUCCGUCCUCUUCCUUUUCUUUUGGGGUUAGCUCCGGUCAGUCUACAUCGAGUUUUACUUCGCCCCUCUUUCGUUCAUCUUUAUCUUCCUCAAGCUCCAUGGCUGACCCUUCUGCAUCUACUUCACCUACCCCAUUGUUUGGUGCGGUAACUACCGCAUCAAUUUCGGCAACUACCACAUCAAGUUCGGCGUUGCUGCUGGUUGGUGCUGCUUCGUCGGCAGUGGGUACAGGUUCAUCACCGUUUGAAGCGUCGUCAUCUAAUACAAAUUCAUCGCCUAUGUUCGGGGCAGCUUCAUCAGCUGGGACUUCCGGUCAGCCAUCGUUUGGCGCGUCUUCGUCUGCAGCGAGUAUGGGUUCAUCUGCGGCUAGUUCUGCAUCCCCUUUAUUGGGUCCAUCUUCUACCGCUGCAAGUUCUGCAUCAUCCUGGUUUGGGGCUACAGGAGCACCCUCUGUAUUUUCAUCAGCAGCAACAACAACUACUAGUCUGUUUGGCUGUUCAUUGACUCCCAGUUCUGCAGCGUCAGGAACUUCAACGUCCACCACUACUGCAUCCCAGACAUCAUCAUCUCUUGUUGUAGCUUCAAGCAGUGGAACAAGUUCUAGUACUACAGCUGCAGUAUCUGCUAGACCGAAAUUACCAUUGGAGAUAAUAGGAAAGACUGUUGACGAGUUUGAUUAUGAUGUGGAAGUAGGAAACAUCUUUCUUGGCAGAACCGAGAUCAUCAAGGAAUGGAAUGCUGAGCUUCAAGAGCGUGCUGGAAAAUUUCAGAAGCAAGCUGCUGCAAUAGCUGAGUGGGACAAACGGAUCUUGCGCAAUCGUAAUGUUAUUCUCAGGCUCGAGAUUGAAGCAGCAAAAGUGGUUGAGACCCAAGCAAGUUUGGAGCGCCAACUAGAGUUAAUUGAGACUCACCAACAAGAGGUUGAUAAGGCUUUGCAAAGCAUGGAAGAAGAAGGUGAGCGUAUUUACAAUGAUGAGCAAGGGUUACUUCUUGAUGAUGAAGCUGCAUCAACAAGAGAUGCAAUGUAUGAGCAAGCUGAAUUUAUCGAGAGAGAAAUGGAGCAGAUGACAGAACAGAUCAAAUCCAUUAUCCAGAGCUUAAAUGCGAGUCAGGGUGGGGACCUAGAUGCAAUUGAUGGAAUGACUCCAUUAGAUGUGGUUGUCAAAAUCUUGAACAAUCAACUGAGUUCUCUAAUGUGGAUUGACGAGAAGGCUGAGGAAUUCUCAUCACGCAUUCAAAAGCUUGCCAACCAGGAUUCUAUAGCAGACAAUGAAUUAUUGGCUCCAAGGUUUUGGACUUCUUGAUCCCUGGGUACUCCUUUCAAGAUUCAAUAACUUCAAAACUGCCAUUUGGGUUUAACAAACACAGGAAAAGGUCUGGAUAUCCAUGUAAUUUUGCAGAAAAUAUGUACAUUUGUGCUCUGAAUAUUUCAUAUUGUGGGGAUGAUAUGCAAGAUCUCUCUCUUUUUUUCUUUUUUUUUUUUCUGUUUUUUUUAAAUGAAUUGCAAGAACAUUU